AUGUCUCGCAACGAGACAGAAUUCUAUGUAAAUCUACAAAAGAGGCGCGAUCAGAGGUUGGAAGAAUUGAAGAAGAUUAACGAAAAUCUUUGCACGAGCCUGGACACAAAGAAAAAUCUACUAAACCAAUACCAAAGCUUCCGUCUUCUACAGCUUCAGCGUCAUGGUAGUCUCGACAGUCAUAUCAACUUUCUUUCCUCAUUUCUUCCCUCUAACGAUAACGACCCAGGUAACUUCCCCCGAUCCGAUGAACGCGACGUCCGAAACAAGCAGGACAUUCUCCUGAUUCUGGCUACCAGCUCAAAGUCGCCGACCACGAACGCGCCCGACCCGAAACAUGUCAAGUUGUUUUUGCCAUCACCACCUACAGUACGUGACGCCUUCGACGACUCGGCGUCACAGAGUCUCUGUAGGCGGAGUACAAGGCAGAGAGACAAAAAAAGGAAACACUCAACAGAUGCAAGCAAUGACUUACUAGCAGACAAGCGUCAACGUACCGACCCUUGCGAAGCGCCAGAAAAUAGCGAGGCAAAUUUGUUGCUGGCAGCUGAAGAGAUGAGCAAAGAUUACGAGCAUGCACCCUCUCCCCGAAAUGACGUUGCCAACCCAGAGAGGACUCCCAGUCAACAGAUGAGUGUGAAGCCGAGGGGCAAUCAUGGGAUGCAAACCUCAACUCCUCUGGGCUCGAACUCGGCGAAAGGACAAGCCGCCAGUGGACACACCGGGCGUCUUCGAUUGAACUCUACGCCAGGAACAAGGAGAGGAAACAGGCACAAGACUGCUCUGACCCAGCCAGCGACAGAUGAACGCGCAAAGGAGCGAGGUGUGGAACAGAACAGCUUGCGGCCUCGAAGAAGUGCCCGCAUAGCCGAUUCGAGACAUCAGGAAAAGCGAUAA